AUGACCCUCUCCUUCCUACACAAAGGCAGAAAGUUUUGUUGCUCGGCGACAACAACGACAGCCUCCACCACCAAUAAUAACACCACCACCACCACCACCACCACCACCGACGACGACAACGACGACGACAACGACGAAGACGAAGACGACGACGACGAUGAUGAUGAAGUUGCCGGAGAUGAGGGACAUCGCCCUCACGGUAGAUCGGACGGCCGGGCGUGUGCGGCCGAAGCAAGGGCCGUGAAGGCCGAAGAGGCCGAAGCAAGGGCCGUGGAGGUCGAAAAACGGGCCGUUAAGGCCGAAGUAAGGGCCGUUAAGGUCGAAGAACGGGCCGUUAAGGCCGAAGAACGGGCCGUUAAGGCCGAGGAACGGGCCGUUAAGGCCGAAGAGCGAGCUGUCGCAGCGGAAGAACGGGCGAAAGCGGCGGAAGAACGGGCGAAGGAGAAACACGCCCUAGAGAUGAAGAAGCUCCGCUUGGAGAUCAAGAAGCUUGCGGACGAGGACGAGGAACGGGAGGAGAAGAAGAAGAAGAAGAAGAAGGACGAGGAGGAGGAGGAGGCGGCUUCGGCUCCGGCUCCGGCUCCAGCUCCGGCUCCAGCGCCGUUACCACCGCCGCCACCGCCGCCCCGGUCCCGCAUGCGCCCGCCGCAGCAGCAGCAGCAGCCCAAGAAGCUCCGGUGGAAGGGAGCAACCAAGUACUGCUAG